AUGGAUUUGGAGUCCGCAAGAAAAUUAGUGGAGAAAGACGACGGCGGGCAUGGGCUCACGGUGGACUCAAUGCCGGCGAGGUUCAUAGAGCCCAUAGUUAUGCAAGGCCUCAGGCUCGACCACGUCGAGCGCGGCCGCAUCGUCUGCUCCUUCACCGUCCCACCUCGCCUCGUGGACUCCGAGAACGCGCUGCACGGCGGAGCUACGGCGGCGAUGGUGGACAUAGUUGGGUCGGCGGUUAUCUGCACGACGGGGUCCGCGUUCACGGGCGUAUCCGUCGAGAUCAACGUCACCUACUUGGACUGCGCGUAUGUCGGUGAGGACAUUGAGAUAGAAUGCAAGGCACUGCGUGUUGGAAAGGCUCUUGCUGUUGUGAGCGUCGACUUUAGAAGUAAGAAGACAGGCAAGCUCAUUGCUCAGGGGCGCCACUCAAAGUACCUAGCCGUCCGUAGUAAAAUUUGA